AUGUCGUUUAACUUCUCUAGCUUCACUAACAACUUGAAAGAUUUUGGUGACAAGGUCUCCACCGAGUUCAACAAUGAAUUCAUGCCUUUCGCCCAUAGGACCUCAAGAAUGGUCCAGGAGAGAAUGGGUAAGGUAAACGUGGACGAGAUCAGUCAAUUGCCCGAAGAGUACCGUGAAUUGGCUAAUAAGUGUAACAAUGUCGAGAAGUUGUACAAGAAUGUGUUGAAGAUUACCCAGAAUUACGAGUCUGAGUCCUACGACUAUCCUACCAACUUGCAAGAGUCGUUCACUGAUUUCAGCAAGAACAUCACCAACAGGGUCUCUAAUUUGUCCAAGGCAACGACGCCCGCCGAGGCACAGGCUGCUUUGAUUAACUCCAACCAUGGCGAGUUCAAGCCUCCAAAGACUUUAUACCACGCUCUUUCUCGUGCUACUGAUGGUUCAGUCUUGACCUCCUCUGCCGAGAACGAUCAAGAUCCAUUGAUUAAAGCUUUGGAUUUGUAUUCUGGAAACUUGAACAAGAUUGCUAACGCUAGACUUGGCCAGGAUCAAUUAAUCAAGACCAAGUUCAACAAGCCAUUGAUCACUACAUUAAGAUCUUUGCUUUCUCAAAGCUCGAACAUCCAAAAGAAGGUUGAGCAAAAGAGAAUAGAUUACGACUUGGCUAGACAGGCAUUGACGAAUUGCACAAACCCAUCCAAGGAACCUCAAUUCAGGGUUGCCAUGGAGAAUGCUGAGGACGAGUUCGCUAACACCGUGGAAGAUGGAAUCAGUGUGAUGCAAAAUGUAUUGGAGCACGCAAAGCCUCUCGAGGAGCUUUUAGAAUUGAUUAAAGCUCAAUUGGCCUACCACAAGUUGGCUUCGGAGUUGUUGGGUAACAUGGUUGGUGAGUUUGAAACUUUGAUUGACGAGAACAAGAACUUGCACAGCAAGAACUCUGGGCAACAAAACUCAGAGUCGGGCGAUUUUGAUAUCUAA